AUGAUGCUGGCAGAGACUUUCUUAACGACCUCCGUUUCCGAUGACAUCCUACGCAUACAGAAUUACACCCUGGUCAGACGCGACAGGCCAACUCAUGGCGGAGGCUUAGCAGCAUAUGUAAGAGAUCAUCUCCGAGCCCGAAUUGUGAAGGCUGACACCCAGGUGGAAAUGCUCAUGUUAGAGGUCAGUGGGCAGCGUUCCAAGGUUCUCCUUGGUGGUGUGUACCGUCCUCCAGGCACUCCUGUGCAAUUCUGGCAAGACUUGACGAAUGCACUAGACACUGUCAUCUCCACACUUCCCACAUCACCUCUGGUCCUUGUUGGAGACUUCAAUGUCGAUGUAAGCUCCCGCGACAGCCCCCAGCUAAACAGCUUGCUGCACCUGUGUAAUUCUUUCGACAUCAAGAACCAAGUGGACAGUCCUACCAGAAUUGGACCCCAAGGCAGCCAAACAACCCUGGAUCUCGCUCUGGUCGGAGACGAUCAUGUGAACUCUUGUGUCGUAGUACCUUGUACAAUCAGUGACCACUUCGCUCUGGCACUUGAUUUGCGACUCACAACGUCCUGCACACCGACCGUGCGACGUGGCCGUAACAUUGCAAGAAUUGAUAUGGGUCAAUUUGCACACCACCUUCUAAAUAGCGAUCUAGAGAACUUCUGCUUUGCGCGGACAGAAGAUGAAAUGUGGGAUAUGUGGCUGGAGAAACUUGUCGCGGCCUUGAACACUCAUGCUCCUAUCCGUCUACACCGCCCAAGAGCUCCUACCCGGAAAUCCUUCCCCUGGAAGACGCCAGCUCUACAUGACCUAGUCCAGCGACGUGACGCGGCCCAUCGACGGUGGAAAGCAUCACCUGCAGACCCGGCACUACGCAAUGUCUUCACUUCUGCCCGAGACGAAGCCAAGCGUAUGUCACGACAUCUCCGAGCCAUCUACUUUGGGGACCUUCUUGCUGCUAGUCAGGCCAACGCACGAAAAACCUGGCAGACCAUCAACUACCUCAGCGGUCGUAACAAGUCCUCAGUUCCACCAGCCGUCAGUGUCUCACAGCUCAGUGACCAAUUCAGCGGUGUUGUGUCAGACCCAACUAGACCACUACGUCUCUCAGCCCCAUUGGGUCCCACGAAGAAGGAAUGCCUCGAAGAAUUUGCUCCAGCAAGUGUGCAAGAGAUCGCUAAGCUGCUCUCCAACAUCGACGUGCGCAAAGCUGCAGGCAGCGACCAGGUUCCAGCUGCAAUCCUCAAACACUGUUCUCCUGUCCUUGCACCGUCCCUCACCAUACUAAUCAAUGCAUCUCUGGCUUCUGGUGUUGUUCCUGCAUCUCUGAAGAUUGCGGAUGUCCGUCCCCUCUUCAAGUCAGGCGACAAAGCUGUCGCUAAGAACUAUAGACCAAUAUCGUUAUUACCAAUAGUUUCCAAAGUCCUAGAACGGGUAGUCCACACGAGACUCUCUGCCCCAGCUGCCCAAAGGCCACAACGCCAGCCUCCCAAGCCGUACAGGCGACAGGAAUCGUCUCGCUGGCUGGCACCCAAGCUUCCAAAGAGCACCACCCGAUGUGCACUAACGGGUAAGCCAAGAGUCAAAGUGUUCUACGUUGGCAACGUGGACCCCGAAUGUGAUGCCAAAUCAAUUGCAGAGCAUUGUCAGGCACAGGAUGUACACAUCGUGCAGAGUGUUGUGUACACCUCGGAGCGCUUCCGAACAGGGUUUGCCAGGGUCACAGUGUUGGCGUCGGACGCCACCACCGUACAGGACAAAGCAUUUUGGCCGGACUCGCUCGGUUUUGCAGUUCGUGAAUGGCGCUUUGGUGCUGACGGCACAGCUCCAGCACUCACAUAA